UGGCAAAGGAGCAUUAUUAAAGUUCCAGCUAGCAACUUCAGCAGAGAAAUUCAUUUGUGACGCAUCUCAUCAAAUCUUCUCCAUCAAGCCACAUCAUGUUAAACAAGAGCAUUCUGCUGCUGUCUCUUCAGAUAAGUCUCCUAGGAAUCACUCUUGGUGGGAAUGUUCUCAUUUGGCCAAUGGAAGGUAGUCAUUGGCUAAAUGUUAAGAUAAUUAUCGAUGAAUUGAUUAAAAAAGAACAUAAUGUGACUGUCCUAGUUGCCUCUGGUGCACUUUUCAUCGUGCCAACCUCAAACUCAUCUCCAACAUUUGAAACAUAUAAGGUACCCUUUAGCAAAGAAAGAAUAGAAAGCGUUAUCAAGGACUUUGUUUUGACAUGGAUGGAAAAUAGACCCUCUCCUUCAACCAUUUGGAGAUUCUAUCAGGAGAUAGCCAAAGUCCUUGAGGACUUCCACAUGGUAUGUCAAGAAAUCUGUGAUGGUGUUCUCAAAAAUGAAAAGCUGAUGGAAAAGCUGAAGAAAAGCAAAUUUGAGGUCCUGGUAUCAGAUCCAGUAAUUCCUUGUGGUGAUAUAAUAGCUUUAAAACUGGGAAUUCCAUUUAUGUACUCUUUGAGGUUUUCUCCUGCCUCAACAGUAGAAAAGCACUGUGGGAAGGUACCAUACCCUCCUUCCUAUGUUCCUGCUAUCUUAUCAGAACUCAACGACCAGAUGUCUUUUACUGACAGAAUAAGAAAUUUCAUCUCCUACCAUCUACAGGACUACAUGUUUGAUACUCUUUGGAAAUCAUGGGAUUCCUACUACAGUAAAGCCUUGGAUGGUAGUCAUUGGUUAAAUAUUAAGAUCAUUUUGGAAGAGUUGAUUCAAAGAAAUCACAAUGUGACUGUACUGGCUUCAUCAGCAACUCUAUUCAUCAAAUCCAGUUCUGAACUUCCUGUGAAUUUUGAGGAGAUACCUAUUUCCUACAAGAAGAGCAAUAUAGAUUCCUUAAUUGAACAUAUGAUAAUGCUGUGGAUAGACCAUAGACCAACUCCUCUCACACUCUGGACCUUCUACAAAGAACUAGGAAAACUCCUAGAUACUUUUUUUCAAAUUAAUAUACAAAUCUGUGAUGGAAUAUUAAACAACCCCAAGUUAAUGGCAAGACUUCAGAAAGGUGGUUUUGAUGUAUUGGUCUCAGACCCAGUAACAAUCUGUGGGGACUUGGUUGCUCUGAAAUUAGGAAUUCCAUUUAUGUACACAUUGAGGUUCUCUCCAGCCUCAACAGUGGAGAGACACUGUGGGAAAAAUCCAGCACCUGCCUCCUAUGUACCUGCAGCUCUGUCAGAGCUCACUGAUCAGAUGACCUUUGGUGAAAGGGUCAAAAAUACCAUAUCUUAUUCUCUGCAAGAUUAUAUAUUUCAAUCCUACUGGGGAGAAUGGAAUUCAUACUACAGCAAAGUUCUAGGAAGACCCACUACAUUAUGUGAGACUAUGGGGAAAGCAGAAAUUUGGCUAAUACGGACAUAUUGGGAUUUUGAAUUUCCUCGUCCAUACUUACCUAAUUUUGAGUUUGUAGGAGGAUUGCAUUGUAAACCUGCCAAACCGUUACCUAAGGAAAUGGAAGAAUUUGUCCAAAGUUCAGGUGAAGAUGGUGUUGUGGUGUUUUCUCUGGGGUCAAUGGUCAAAAAUCUCACAGAAGAAAAAGCCAAUCUCAUUGCCUCAGCCCUCGCCCAAAUUCCACAGAAGGUUUUAUGGAGGUACACAGGAAAGAAACCAGCCACAUUAGGAGCCAAUACUCGGCUCUAUGACUGGAUGCCACAGAAUGAUCUUCUUGGUCAUCCCAAAGCAAAAGCUUUUAUCACUCAUGGUGGAACCAAUGGUAUCUAUGAAGCUAUCUAUCAUGGGGUCCCCAUGGUGGGAGUUCCUAUGUUUGCUGAUCAGCCUGAUAACAUUGCUCACAUGAAGGCCAAAGGAGCGGCUGUGGAGGUGGACAUAAACACAAUGACAAGUGAAGAUUUGCUCAAUGCCUUGAGAACAGUAACUAAUGAUCCUUCUUAUAAAGAGAAUGCUAUGAGAUUAUCAAGAAUUCACCAUGAUCAGCCAAUGAAGCCUCUGGAUCGAGCGGUCUUCUGGAUCGAGUUUGUCAUGCGCCACAAAGGAGCCAAACACCUGCGGCCAGCCGCCCAUGACCUCACUUGGUUCCAGUACCACUCUUUGGAUGUGAUUGGGUUCCUGCUGGUCUGUGCAGCAGCUGCUAUAUUCCUGGUUGCAAAAUGUUUUUUGUUUUCUUGUCGAAAAUUAGGUAAAACAGGAAAGAAGAAAAAGAAGGAAUAGAUCUUUCUAAGUUUUGUAAAGGCCUGAAAGGGCAAUCCUGUUCAUUCUAGCCACAAUGACCUUAAUAAAAACACAUCAUCUCCAUCCUGUUUUCAAAAUUCCCACUCCACCUUAGCUUAGAGAUAAAGCCCGGAAUUCAACAAGAUCAUUAACUAGUGAGCAUGCUCUUUUCUUCCUUUGUCUUUUCCCAGGUGGCUUUACCUUCUUCCUCAAACUUUCCUGACAAAUAUAUGCUGAAGCUGAUGGAUGUAGAGAACACAGAAGAAUAAAAUUCAUAAGUUCUCCUAGAACGUGCAACUUAGGAAAUUAUCACGGGAUAUUAAUAUGUUAUAAAAAGAGUAAUGAUUUGAUAUUUCAUAAAAAUAAGCUCUCUGCUUGCCUAAUGUUACUGGGGUCAGAGCAUGAAUUGAUAAUAACUGUGAUGGCACAUCGCACUAGGAAAGGUCUAUAAAUUUCCAUUGAACUCAUAGAUAAUCAUGACCUACGCCCCUGCCUUCAGUCAACAAGUGUUCUCGAGUGCCAUUUAGUGCAAGAGUCUGGGCAUUUCCUUCAAACAAAAGAGAUGGAUUGAGUCAUUGUUUUUUCUCAGGGAAAGAGAAUGUUAGCAAUAUGUUAAAGGUGAAGAAAUCAUUUUUAGAGGAAAUAAUAGGAAAUAUAGAAAAAAAUUUAGUACUUUUAUGAAAUUUUUAAUUAACAGUACAACUGAUAACCUUAAAGUUAAAUGUCAAUUCAUUAUAUUUAAAAAUCAUUAAUACUCAUAAUCCAUAAUCACUAUUUAAAAUCAAAUUCAGUUUUCUGUCAAAAAACAAAUAUUUACCUAAAAUAUAAGAUCAUUAUAUUAUUUUCCAGUGUGUAUCUUCUACAAAUUUAAAUUCAUCAAUUAAUUGUUAUGUUAUGGAUAUAAGAUGUUAACAGAUCUGCUCAGUCAAGGAUAUGUUAUAGUAAGUAUUUACCCAAAGCACUAAUUAAAGGCAAAUGAUCAUGUUUGAAUCAGCUUUCAUUAAUGUAACUAAUUUAAAAGUAGAUUAAAGAUUGUUCUUGCUUUAUUAUUUAUAAAUCAUAUGUCUAACUAAAAUUUUAAUUUCAUAUUUGAUAUAUAAUUGAGGCAAUAAAUUACAUCCAUUGGCUUAUUGAAAAUUUUGAAAUUCUUAUUCAUUUCAUUCUGGUAUAUUAAAAAUUACUUCCAA